UCGGGGCCUGAGGGGAGUAAACGGUCGCGGAGGGUGCUGGGGGCGGCGCCGUGGUGCAGGGGGCGGCCGGGGCGGGGGGGGGACGGUGGCGAGGGCUCUGUGCGCCCGGGAACCCGACCUCUGCGCCCCGAGCAAGAUGAGCGAGGCGGACCAGGCCCGUGUGGGGCCCACGGCUGAAGAGCCCUCGCCGUCCCCCGAGGAGGAGGGCGAAGGGGGCGGGAAGGAGCCGACGACCGAAGCGGCCCCCGGGCCCAGCACCGCGUUCCGCCUCAUGGUGACUCGGCGGGAGCCGGCCGUGAAGCUGCAGUACGCGGUGAGCGGCUUGGAGCCACUGGCCUGGUCGGAGGACCACCGCGUGUCGGUGUCCACGGCCCGCAGCAUCGCCGUGCUGGAGCUUAUCUGCGACGUGCACAACCCGGGCCAGGACCUGGUGAUCCACCGCACCUCGGUGCCCGCACCCCUCAACAGCUGCCUCCUCAAAGUUGGUUCAAAAACAGAAGUUGCUGAGUGCAAGGAGAAGUUUGCUUCCUCUAAAGACCCCACCAUCAGCCAGACUUUCAUGUUGGACAGGAUGUUCAACCCCGAGGGGAAGGCGUUGCCCCCAAUGCGGGGCUUCAAAUACACAAGUUGGUCUCCCAUGGGUUGUGAUGCAAAUGGCAGGUGCCUCUUGGCAGCAUUGACCAUGGACAAUCGCCUGACUGUGCAGGUGAACCUUAACAGACUCCAGUGGGUUCAGCUGGUUGAUCUGACUGAGAUUUAUGGAGAACGUCUUUAUGAGACCAGUUAUAGACUCUCUAAAAAUGAGGGUCCAGGGGGAAAUCUUGGGGAUUUUGCUGAGUUUCAAAGGAGACACAGCAUGCAGACCCCAGUCAGGAUGGAAUGGUCAGGAAUCUGUACCACUCAGCAAGUCAAGCACAAUAAUGAGUGCCGGGAUGUGGGCAGUGUGCUCCUGGCUGUCCUCUUUGAGAACGGAAAUAUAGCUGUGUGGCAGUUUCAGCUGCCAUUCGUGGGAAAGGAGUCCAUCUCUUCAUGCAACACCAUUGAGUCAGGAAUCAGCUCCCCUAGUGUUUUGUUUUGGUGGGAAUAUGAGCACAAUAAUCGGAAAAUGAGUGGCCUUAUUGUAGGCAGUGCUUUUGGACCAGUGAAAAUUCUCCCCGUCAAUCUCAAAGCAGUCAAAGGCUACUUCACUUUAAGGCAGCCUGUUGUCUUGUGGAAAGAAAUGGACCAAUUGCCUGUACAUAGCAUCAAAUGUGUUCCACUUUAUCAUCCUUACCAGAAGUGUAGCUGUAGCUUAGUGGUAGCAGCAAGAGGCUCCUAUGUGUUCUGGUGUCUUCUUCUGAUUUCGAAGGCAGGUCUGAAUGUUCACAACUCCCAUGUCACAGGCCUUCACUCACUGCCCAUCGUCUCCAUGACUGCAGACAAGCAGAAUGGAACAGUGUACACCUGUUCUAGUGAUGGGAAGGUGAGACAGUUGAUUCCUAUUUUCACAGAUGUUGCAUUGAAGUUUGAACACCAGCUGAUUAAACUCUCAGAUGUAUUUGGCUCAGUGAGGACUCAUGGCAUUGCAGUGAGCCCCUGUGGUGCUUAUCUAGCCAUCAUCACCACUGAGGGCAUGAUUAAUGGCCUCCAUCCCGUGAACAAGAACUACCAGGUCCAGUUUGUUACUCUCAAGACCUUUGAAGAGGCAGCUGCUCAGCUCUUGGAAUCUUCAGUUCAGAAUCUCUUUAAGCAGGUGGACUUAAUUGACCUAGUCCGCUGGAAAAUUUUAAAAGAUAAACAUAUUCCUCAGUUUUUACAUGAAGCUUUGGAAAAAAAGAUUGAAAGCAGUGGGGUCACCUAUUUUUGGCGGUUUAAGCUUUUCCUCCUAAGGAUUUUGUAUCAGUCAAUGCAGAAAUCCCCUUCAGAGGCCUUAUGGAAACCCACCCACGAGGACUCAAAAAUCUUACUGGUUGACUCACCUGGGAUGGGUGAUGGUGAGGAUGAACAGCAGGAAGAAGGCACUUCCAAGCAGGGGACCAAGGCUGGCUUGCAGGAGAGGAGCAAAGAGGGUGACACAGAGGAGCCCCCCGAAGACUCUCUUACUGCCGUGGGAGACUCCGGAGGCCGUGAACCCAUUGAGGAAAAGCUCCUUGAGAUCCAAGGGAAGAUUGAGGCUGUGGAGAUGCACCUGACAAGGGAACAUAUGAAGCGGGUCCUCGGAGAAGUGUACCUGCACACCUGGAUCACGGAGAACACCAGCAUACCCACCAGGGGACUCUGUAACUUUUUGAUGUCUGAUGAGGAGUAUGAUGACAGAACAGCACGGGUCCUGAUUGGACAUAUCUCCAAGAAGAUGAAUAAGCAGACCUUCCCCGAGCACUGCAGUCUGUGUAAAGAGAUCUUGCCAUUCACGGAUCGCAAGCAGGCAGUUUGUUCCAAUGGGCACAUCUGGCUCCGGUGUUUUCUAACCUACCAGUCCUGCCAGAGCUUGAUAUACCGACGGUGUUUGCUUCAUGACAGCAUUGCCCGGCACCCUACUCCAGAAGAUCCUGACUGGAUUAAGAGGUUGCUGCAGAGCCCUUGCCCCUUCUGUGAUUCUCCUGUCUUCUGAGUGUUCGUAAGGAGGAUAGAGGAACAUGAACGUGGGUGUAGAAAGUGCCCUGGAGCCUGAGGAGCAGGUGUGCUGGAGGACCUGGAGCGGGACAGUGGAGAUACACUCUUCUGACUGGAAGCAGGGAGGUCUUCCUUGAGCUCAUUUCGCCAGCACAAACACUAUCUUCAGGAACUUUUAAAUGACUAAAUGUAGAGAGUUUGAGUCAUUUUGAGGUGAACAUUAGCCACCCUCAGCUCCUCACCCAAUGAGGACAACUUACUUUUCAAGUGUCUUGCCUAAAGCACUUGAGCAGAAGCCUUCUGCUCCUUGAGACAUAAUGGGCUCUACCAGAGAAUCUGAGGACCUCACUGUGACUUAGAUUUUGCUUUGGUCUGGAACUGCCUGUGGCUCCAAAGGACUCAAAUUGGUUGGUACGUGACUCCUGUGCCAAUACAUCUUAAAGUGUCUAAAGCUGUGUGUGGCUGGUGUUUGCUCAGCAGACUCAUUUUCCCAUUGACUUGUUUCCAUACACAUGAAAGACAUUUUCCUAAAACUAUAUUUUUGAAGCCAAGAAAUAAAGUCAAUCUUGAUGUAUCAAAUGAUCAGAUGACUAUUAGAAGUUAAUAAUUGUCAUUUAUUUUUAUCUCCUGUGUCAUCAGAUUUCCUGACCCAGCUCCUUAGUAUGUCAGAAGAGAUUGAGUACCCCUUUCCUAAUCACAGCCCCACAUUAUCCCCAACUGUGUAACCUAGAUAUUGGUACAUAGAGGGGAAGUAUUUUCUUCUUUUAGUAUUAAAUUGAAGCUUCAGUAUUUUUAACAUUGACUGAGUCAGAUGUCUUACUGAGUAUCUGGGGAGAAAGUUGGCCUAUGGAUUUCUGGAGAGAGGUGGCAACACGGAGUUGGAGGUCCUGAGGCUCUGCUGCAAGCUUGUGCAGCUCAAGUGGACAAACCUGGGAAUUUCUCUCCUGCCAAAGGGCCUUAAUAUUUGAAAUACAGGUAUUUUUCUGUGGGCAUACAGAGGAGACACACACACUUGUUUGACUGCUAGCUCUUCACCAGACUUGAAAGCAUUCUGGAACCAUAGUCUUUGGUUUUUUUUUAAAGUACGUUUUCUGGGAUUGGUGCUAAUGAACUGGAUUUAGUACACACAUUCUGAAAUUUUACAUGUAUUUAGAAAGUAGAGUGGAAAGUAUACAACAUGAAAUGCUUUGCUCCUUCAUGAUCCAUUCUGCUUUUAUUUUAACAUACUUUCCUGCUUUGAUUUUAUAUCCGUAGUGAAAGACAUUCUGUCCUCACUUCAGAAAUAUUGUCUUGGUACUUGGGUACCACAGUGAGAGCCGAGACCACAUGCCAUCCUGCCAUACUUCCCGCCUCGAAAAAAUAGCUCCACACUGGGGACAGACCCUAAGACCAGCAUCUAUCCAGACCAGAGGGGCAGCAAAGAAAGAGCCCUGACUGACCCAAUUCAGACUAUACAUGACUGCAGCACAGCCUACAACUGUCACUCUUCAUGGAAACAUGGCAGGAGUGGAGAUGGUACUGAUAACUGUCUCCACUCUGUCAACUACGCAUGCCGAGUUUUCUUUCUCUUGCACUUUGGGAUCAGACUCCCUAGGUGUUUUCACAGGGGAAUUUGGUUAUUAACUGUUUAAAACUGGGAGUGACACCAGGGUCUUAUAGUUGCCUCUUCCAGCUUGAACUGCCUGUGCUACGGGAUGGAGUUGAGGGAGCUUUCAGUUGCAGCUGUGGUAGCUGUCUUAGCAUGGGAAGAAUAAUAGCCAUCGAUUGCUGCCAUGCAUCUAGAAGGCUGGAGCAGACUCUACAGAGACCACACAAGCUGCAACACUGCUUGCUAUGUAUCAGGUCUUAUUUGCUUCUGUUAUUGUAGGUAUGAAAUGGGUAGUUUAUUCUAGUUGGUGUUCAUGCUGAAGUCCUGAUUUGUUCACCCCUAGACUUGAAACUGUCUUUGCCUACUACUAGAUGUGCCAGAGGCUGUCGUGAGCACCAUCGAAGUCUGGUCAGAUGUAACAUGUUCCUGCUUGUCCCUCUAGGCUCUAGCAAGAAGGCUAGACCUAGCAACAAGCUUAGCAAGUUAAUUGAAUUGGGAAAGUUUUGUUUUCUGUUUGUUUUGUUCUGUUUUUUUGAGACAGGGUCUCACUAUGCAAUAGUCCUGACUGUCCUGGAACUUCCUUUGUAGACUAGGCUGGCCUUGAACUCAAAUAUCUGCCUGUUCCUGCCUCUUAUAUUGGGAAAGUUUAAUCAUUUGCUUAGCUAUGUUAGUAACAGGUAAGGUGCAGAUGGUAGAACACGGCCCUGGUCUGGGAGCCCUGCACCCCUGGCAGCAGCUAAAUGGCCUGUGUUUGCUGAGUGGCUACAGUUCCUGAAAUGAACUAGAUUCGGGUUCUGGUCAUCCCCUUCUUGCUUUACUUUCCUCAAGAGGCGGCAUUAGGAUGCUUUUUAGGGCCAGAAAAAUGUAUAGUGAUAAAAUUUCUAAAGGCUAAGCCAUGUUGUAGUUCUUCCUAGAAGAGACAAGAGCUGACUUUGGCUCUUUGACACCACAGUGUUGCCGUCUAUUCUGAGCUGAAUGGAGUGCACUCCAAGUCAGCAUGGAACCCCCCCCCCAAAAAAAAAAACAGUCAAUGAGAUACUAAAAGCUCUUUCACUUUAGACUUCAGGAGUCACAGGCAGGCUUUGGCAGCCAUUCAUGGUAUGUCCUGGUAGAGAGCAACCUUGCCUUCCCCUUGGAUUGGAUUGGAAGGACGACCCUGCAGGGUCUAACGAAGUGGAUUGUCUGGCUUUAGUUACUGUGGAGCAUCAUUGCCCCCACACACUUUAGACUGUGCCUCACACUCUCCUGUUACUAGACCCUCAACUGUUCUCUAUUGAAGCUGAAAAGUUCUUGAAGUUAAAUCUGCUUUGUGUCUGCCGGUCAACCUGAGCGCACAGUAGGUGAAAUGUCCUUAAAUGGAACUACACUCAAGGUAGCCUUGCUUCUAGCUGCCUACAGACAUGGCAUCUCUGCCCGAGUAGCAGGCAGAAGGUAGUGUUCAUGGGUUCUGUUCUUCAAAGUCAUGUUUAUAUUGAGGGGAGAGACGCUGAUGCAGUCAGGGUUCUAGUCAUGAGUUUAGGUAGAGCCAGAUGUUCACCAGCAAGGCCUAACUAUUCCUUCAUGGUAAUUGAGCUCAGCAGAGAAGGAGGAGGUAUGCAUCCCAAUCACUCUGUAUGCUCUCAAGCAAAUAUGGGGUUCUGGGUUGAGCAGAUCACACCUCGGAGUUCUGAAUCUCCUGUUUGUUUUUAAGAUUAAAAGUUUCUUAUCUCAAGGCUGAGGGUGUAGCUCAGUAGAUGGAGAGCACUCAUGAGGCCUCAAGUUCCAUCCUCAGCACUGGGGGAGAGAAAGGGCUGUUUACUGUUUACAUCACUGUCAUGAAGUUCUGUUGUUUUCAUAAAGAAAAAUACUCUAAAGUAGAUUGGGUGAGUCAGCAUGAUGGCACACACCUAUGUUCUAAGCACUCAGGAAGCUGAGGCAGGAGGAUCAAGUUGAAGACCAGCCAGAACUGUGUGGAAAGAACCUGCCUCAGAAAACCCAACACUGGCCAGAUUGUGCAGCAGAAGAGGUGGUAGUGAGGGCAUUGCGACGUUUCCAGCCCAGGUCUACAUUUGGCUGGCGGCAUAGGUGAAUGUCCAUGUUCUCACUGCCUCUCUGUAUGGUACUAAUAUAAAACCAAGUGUCCAUGAACUGUUUUCCAAGCCUUCAUUUCACAUUUGUAUUUGAUAUGACAUGGGUGUGAGCAUCACACUUGUUCAAACAGAUGUCUGUUGUGCUUAGUGGUUGUACCCUCUUUUUACCCGAUGCUUGUGCUAAAGUUUGUGCUUGGCUUUGGAUUGUAUGUUUACACCUGACUGUUUUUAAUAAAGAGAAAAUUUUACGGUUA